AUGAAACAUCCAUUUCGAUUUUCCGUAUACUUCUUAUUCUCUCUGAAACUUUUGACGUCAUGGUCUCAAGUUGUUGACAACGCUGUUGAUCAUUAUGAAUUGCCAUAUCACGUAAGCAGGCCUGACUUGCCACCUAGGAACGAUGAACAGAAGCUGUACAGAUAUUUGUCUUAUGGCUAUGAUCGAUCAGUUAGACCUGUUUUCAAUUCUUCGAAAGUUGUUGAAGUUUACAUUGGAUUAACCCUUACCCAUAUUUUUAAUAUAGAUGAGAAAAAUCAAGUGUUAGCCCUUAAUGUGUGGGUUGAACAACAAUGGAAUGAUGAGAGAAUGAGGUGGAAUCCUUCAAAUUUUGGAAAUAUUUCCAAAAUGACAUUGGCGACUAAGCUUGUUUGGACGCCGGAUAUAGUUCUAUACAAUAAUGCACAAGAUUACAAUAGAGGCUUCUUGAAUACAAACUUACACGCAAGUCAUGAUGGGGAAAUUCAAUGGGCCCCACCACAGAAAGUUCACAGCCGGUGUCAUAUGGAUGUUUCAAACUUUCCGUUUGAUCAUCAGUUCUGCUCUCUAAUUUUUCGUUCAUGGAUUUAUGAUAUUUCUCAGGUUGAUUUAAAAAUUAUGCAACGAUAUGAUGGAAAAAGCCCUUUCACCAAGGAUUCUUACUCAGAGAACGGUGAAUGGGAAAUUGUAGAUAACAGAACGCUUCGAUAUGAACAAGUAACGGGUGGCAAAAGAUUCGGGACAGUAGUGUUUGAAAUUCAUUUGCGUCGAAGAAUGUUGUACUUUCUGUAUAACAUCAUUGCUCCAUGUGUUAUGCUUUCAGUUCUCACUAUGAUGCAGUUUAUUCUUCCCUGUGAAUCGGGAGAAAAAGUUACUCUGGGGUUAACGGUACUCUUGGCAUAUUCCGUGUUUAGUUUUAAUAUUGCUGAAAGUAUGCCAGAAACAUCAGAAGUUAUUCCUCUCAUUGCAAUUUAUCUUAUGGCUAUUAUGGGUAUAUCAGCUCUUUCCGUUGCAUUCUCUGUUUUCGUGCUAAACUUACGUCAUGGAGCCGAAAAUAAAACAGGAAUCCCUAAAUGGUUGGAAUUUAUUGGGUUUCGUAUUCUCGGUCCAAUUUUGAAAGGACGAAAGCAGUGGAAGAAGAAAUCACGGAGAGAUAGAACAAGCACGGAGCUUCGAUUAGAAACAUCUCAUGAUGAUAUGCUCAGUAGCAGCUUAAUUAGUCGAGUUCAAGCUGAGCAGAACUUCGAAGAAAUGGUUGCUAAGUGGUCUCAUCUCUCCAACAUAUUCGACCGAUUUUUCUUCAUAAUUGUUUUUGUUUUAACCAGUUCUUGCUCAAUUUUCCUUUUGAUUGUUGCUCCGAAUGUGAAUACGCCCCGGUUACACGAAAGGCAUUGGAAAUAUAAUUGA